GUGCUGUUGUUGUUGUCACAGACAUGGCGGACCUAGCAUGAUUGUAAGGCAACUUUUCCUUAGUGUUUAAAUAUUUCUAAACGUGUUCCUUCUGUUUAAAUUAUAAAACGCUGUUGUUCAGGUACGGAGUUUACGCAGAAAUAUCGCGCUCUGUGUCGGUCGUCGUCGUUGUUUUGUGCGUGUGUUCGCAGCCGCUGACACUGACAGCAGGUUCACAGAUGUGCACACAGACCAGAGCUGCGGCCAUCAUGGCGAACAUACAGCAGGCAGACAUCGACCCGACCGGCGUUUUCAAAUACGUCCUCAUCCGAGUUCACAGCCGGGAGGAAGGAGACGACGAGGAGGUGGACAUCGUCCGGGGAUACAGCUGGGCCGAGUAUCACGCCGACAUCUAUGAGAAGGUUUCUGAGGAGCUGGAAAAGGACGGCGUCCUGGACUGUGAGUGUGUCGGAGGAGGGAGGAUCAGACACGAUGCUCAGGACAAGAAGAUCCACGUGUACGGAUACUCCAUGGGAUAUGGAAGAGCAAAUCACGCGGUCACCACAGAGAAACUAAAGGCCAAGUAUCCAGGCUAUGAGGUGACGUGGAGCAACGAAGGAUACUGAGCUGACGCUGGCGCCCUUUCUCCUGGACUCACAGCAUCGUAGUGAACUGUAACACGUCACAACAUCUCAGUAUAAAACCUUAGAGCACUUGAUACAAAGCUUAUUCAGAUUCUUUUUCAACAUUAAGACUCUUUUUCUCAUCUGAAUUGAUGACGUAUGCACAGUCUCUGCCUGGUUUUUAUUAAACCAGCCUGACUAUUUGCUCUGCUGUUGUCCCCUCAUUACGCUGGAAUUUAAACACCUUUUCAUUUCAUUACCACUAAAACGACUACUAAAAAGGCAGCGUAAACAUGUAUGGUCUUUAUUGGAACUUUUAAUCACUAACCUUUCGUUAAAAAAAGUUCCCCUGAACGACAACUAAUGGGAAGUAAAGGAGCUGGUUUACACUUUAGAGGAAGUUGUAAGUCAAUCUCUGCGCGUCAUGUAAAAUAAACAACACGAUGACUGA